AACUUCAGACUUGAGCCUCGUUUAAUCGGUGGUGUGUUCAUGUUCUCGAAACGGGUACUCGGCACUUCUUGUGUUCCACGGAAUAGGGCAAACCCGCCGACGAUGAUCAACUUUGCGUAUUCAGCAACUUCCUAGUCUAGUGCAAGAAGAAAUACGCAAUGGUUGGUGGAGAAUCUCCCAGGAGGGAAACGACUCGAAUUAUCAGAUCAUGUAUGUCCAGGGCUUGGAUGCUUUUAGCCGCUCCGACAACCGGACGAACCCCAAUAAAGUUAUCUGAUCCGCCCAAAGCGCAAGGAUCGGGCGCCACUCUCGUGCUAGUAACGACUCAGAACAGAAUCCAGGCACAAAGAAAGAAUAACCGAAUUAUUACGAAAUCAAAAGAAGAAGAAGAAGGACAAUUUUGGGGGAAAGCCAAGGAACUGAACCGAAUAUGGAGCGUGCGAGCGAGAGGCGGAGACAGAAAAACUCUGCAGGGCUGCAUCGCCUAUCCUUCGGUCGAUGGACUCGGCUGGGCUAAGCUGGUUGACUCGUCGCUUUUUCUGCCUCUUACGGACACUGGAUGUACUGUACAAGCACCAACAUGGGGCCUGGGAUGCAGGGGAGGGGGUGUGAGGUCAGGUCCGGGAUAGUGCAAGUUGGAGUUUUGGCCUAUUCUUUCCAAACUUUGUCUCUGUACCUGUACUCGCACCAACACCUGGACCUGGUCAUGGAUGGAUUCUCUCCAACUCGUACGAGCUUAGAACUGCUAAGCAUACCGGUCGGUGCAUUCUCGCUGCGUGGUGAUCGGCCGUCGAUCCUUUCAUCACUCACGGCAAGAAGAAGUACAUCCGAGCGUCACCUAUAGCUCCAAUCCCGAGGUGGUUUACUCAUGACUUCAGCUGUCUCCAUGUAGGU